AUGUAUAUAUGCGAGACACUAAUACUGUUAGUAACAUUGCCCGACCGGUCCUUUAUAACGGCUUUGGUGACGUCGUCCGACGGGCUGGUUAAGGCUGUAGGCACAGCUGCCUUUCUCUGCGAGGUUGGAGUAAUCUUUGGUUUGGCUAUGUGCUGCUUUUCGGACAUGUCCAACAGAAGGCCAAAUCGCUUCGGGCACGUCACAAAUCAACAAGGUUAUCGAAUUGCAUUCGAAAGUACUUUGUUUCGAAACGAGCGGCGUGAUUGGAAUGGCGUGGCGGAAAGAAGAUUCAAAGCCAGGGACAGUGCUGGCACAGCUUGUUUGGCAGACCCUAUUGUCGUCGAAGGGUAUCCAAUGUCACAACGCCCAAAAGGCAAUACCGGAAUCGAAAUACCACUUCAUAUGGCGGCCGCAUUUAUAGCAGCUCUAAGGCUGCACCGUUUUCUGGGACACUACUAUCUCAAAGGCUUCUCCGCAAUACUCAUUGCUGUGGAGGUUGUGGGAAAUGUUGUCCUGUGGCAUCAUUGGUACAACCCUACCGGGGAGAGAAUCUCGUAUCUAGACGCUGCUACGGCGGAAGGCAAGAUUGAGAUAAGCUUGGAAGACUUGCGUUCUCGAAGACACGUCGGCUGGUGUUCUGAGGCACUGUGUAUGGCUGGAGACAAAAGUGCUAAGUAUCAGAUUGGAAGCUCCAGGCUACCUUGUCCGAGCCGCGAGUUCUCUCUCGAGAAGGUGUCAUUUUCAGUGGGACAGACUGUGACUGGUGGAUGUCAAUUUAGCAUUGGCAAGAAAUAUGUCCCUCUCCACAUAACUAAACAGGGUUAUAUUGCCAAGCUAAGGCGGAUAGAUCAGAAAUAUGUUGUCAUGUGGGAUGAAGAGGACAAACGGGGCUGGCUUGUUAAAGGAACCAGGGCCUUGCUGCACUUAGUCAGAGCGUCACUAGAGCAUUGUCGUGAUGAUAAGUUCAGCUCUGAGUUCCUCUACGACUUCAACGCCUUUGAAGAACCGAAUACACGAUUUUAA